CUUUACUAGUUACCAAAACAGAGGAGAUUUGGAGAUGGAGGCUUUGUUGGAAGGAAUGCAAAAUCGGGGACAUGAUGGGGGCUUUUUGACAUCCUGUGAAGCAGAAUUACAGGAGCUCAUGAAACAAAUUGACAUAAUGGUGGCUCAUAAAAAGUCUGAAUGGGAGGGACAGACACAUGCCCUUGAAACUUGCUUGAACAUCCGUGAACAGGAAGUUAAGACUCUGAGGGGCCAGUUAGAGAUGAAACAGAAAGAGGUUGGAGCAUUGAGUCAGCAGAUAGAAGAAAAUGAAAAAAACAAGCAAGAAAUGACUAUAGAAUAUAAGCAGGAAUUAAAGAAACUACAGGAAGAAUUAGGCAGACUGAAGAGAAGUUAUGAAAAACUACAGAAAAAGCAUGUAAGAGACUUCAGAGGAAACACCAAAAAUCACAGGGAAGAUCGGUCUGAAAUUGAAAGGUUAACUGGAAAAAUAGAGGAAUUUCGUCAGAAAUCACUGGACUGGGAGAAACAACGCCUGAUUUAUCAGCAACAGGUAUCUUCUUUGGAGGCACAAAGGAAGGCUCUGGCUGAACAAUCAGAGAUAAUUCAGGCUCAGCUUGCCAAUCGAAAACAGAAAUUAGAGUCUAUGGAGAUAUCCAGCCAGUCAGAAAUUCAGCACCUGAGCAGUAAGCUGCAGCGAGCUAAUGAUACGAUCUGUGCCAAUGAGCUGGAAAUAGAGCGCCUCACCAUAAGGAUCAAUGACUUGGUUGGAACCAAUGUGAAUAUUGUACAAGAGCAACGGCAUAAAGAAGAAAAACUGAGGGAAUCAGAAAAACUGUUGGAGGUGCUUCGAGAAGAAAAGAGAGAACUGAUGGCAGCUAUUCAGUCACAAGAAAGUUUCGAUCAUACAGCAACAAUGCAGAAGGAGAAAUUACAAGUAAAAUUAAAGGCCACUGAUACUCAACACACAGUGGAAACUAUAAGGUCAUUAGAGGAUCCUCAGACAGCAGAAAGGAAGUACUCCUCUCAAGGGCACGAGGACUUAGAGAAUGUGCUCUCUCAUCUGGAUUUUACCCACUCUAGUGAAGAACUUCUGCAGGCAGAGGUGACUCGUUUAGAAACCAGCUUGGACUCUGUUAGUUCUACAUGUAAACAGCUAAGCCAAGAACUAAUGGAAAAGUAUGAAGAAUUGAAGAAGAUGGAAAUAUAUAACAAUGAGUACAGGGCCGAAAUAAAGAAGUUGAAAGAACAAAUUUUACAGACUGACCAAAGUUACAGCUCUGUACUGGAAGGAAUGAAGAUGGAAAUAUCCCAGCUAACUCGGGAAUUACACCAACGGGAUAUUACUAUUGCUUCUGCCAAAAGUUCUUCCUCUGAUAUGGAAAAGAGACUCAAAGAAGAGUUGCAGAAGGCAGAAGUAAAAGCAGUAGAGCAUAAGGAGGUUGUGGAUCAGCUGGAGUCACUCAAAUUAGAAAACCGUCAACUUUCUGAAAUGGUGAUGAAAUUGGAAUUGGAUUUGCAUGAGUGUCCUGUACCUGUAUCUCCUCUGGGUUCAAUAGCAACAAAAUUUUUGGAAGAAGAGGAACUGAGGUCUCAUCAUAUUCUAGAGCGCCUGGAUGCCCAUAUUGAAGAACUAAAGAGAGAAAGUGAAAAGACAGUGAAACAGUUCACAGCCCCCAUCUAGUCACUUAAAAACUCACCUGUGUAGAAAUAAACCCUGAGAAUUA